UUAUUAUUCGUUGCGCAGUGCACACUCCACACCGCGUUAAGCGUUUUAUCAGGUUACCGAAAGUCUAACAACUUUACGAUUUACAAGUUAUAACCACUGUUGCUGUGUUUUGUAUGACGCUUAGGGAUUUUUCACUUUCAGAUUUUCACACUGCAGUAUCGUUAAUCCUCGUUCGACGCAGUAAUAUCGUUCUUCAAUCGUUUUUGUCUUGUCAACGUGCACCGUACACGCCGGUACGUCGCGUCCAAUUUUCUAAGGACCACGGUGAGACCUGAGCAUCAUGAGCGAAUCAUUCACCAACGGCUGUGAACAGGAAUCGUUAAAGUUUGCCAGUCACCUGUCACCGACCAAGAUCGGCAUGCUUGCCCCGAGCCCUAUAGUGACCAGACGGACCAGAACUGAUUCAACGUCUGCUCUUGCUCUUAAGAAUCCGCUAGUAUCCGGAAAGGUCAAGUACUUUUGCAAAUCUAAAGGACACGGUUUUAUUACUCCGGACAAUGGUGAUCCAGACACGUUUGUUCAUAUAUCAGAUAUUGAAGGAGAAUAUGUUCCGUUACCCGGUGAUCAAGUACACUAUCGUCUGUGCCCUAUUCCUCCAAAAUUAGAAAAGUUUCAAGCCGUGCAUGUGGAAAUUGUUAAUUUAACACCUCAAGUGCAUCUAAAGUGGGAUUCGCCAGAAAACAAUUAAAUAUGUCAUGAUGUUCUAGUGAUAAUUUGUACACAAAUAUGUCCAUUAAUGUGUGAUGUUUCGCAAAUAUCUAAACCUUUAUUAAAACUGGUACAUUCCAAUAUUGUCCAUGCUCUAUAAUAUAACGAAGAGACUUUAUCAGUUAUACUGAUAUUUUUUUUUAUCUUAGCUAAGUGCCAAAAUAUAAUAAUCCAUCAAAUUAUACAUCAUUUUAUAAGAUAUUUGCUUCUGUAGUUCUAUAGAUAUUAUAUCAAUCUAGAUUAAUUGUUCAUUAUACGUGUAAUAUCAAGUUUUGAAAUGACAAACAUUUAAUUAAUUAAUUAUUAGGAAAAAACUUACCCAAUUUUAUAAUAAUUAUUUUUUAAUUAAAUUAUUUUAUACAAAUGUAAUUUUAUGUGUGUAUUUAAUCCAUUGCUACUUAACAUCAGAAAUUCAUAUAUUUAAAGUGUUAUAUUAAAUGUAUUAUAUUAAUGGUAAAAAUUUAUUAAAAGCAAUGCAGCAAAGGUAAACUAUUAUCAAAUCAAUUUUUGCCCUGUGAAUUUAAUACUUGUAUCAGUUGUAUUAUAACCUACAGUUUUGAAUUUUGUCAGUUAAUGCUGUGAACUAGAAUCAAACAACAAAAUUGUUAUGUAAUGAAAAAUUCCUAAAAUAGGUUAAUAUCUACCAUACGAUUAAAAUUAUAUGUGUGUUCAUCAAAAAAUAAAUAACAGUAUAUUAUAAUAUAUGCCUUUAUUUUUUCAAGUUAAUUUUUAUAAUACACAACAAUUAUGUUUAAGUUAUCAUUGUAUUGUAAUAAUAUUAAUUGGUAUAAAAUGAUACAUUUUUAUUUUUAAUGGUGUAUGGUUUUCCAUUAAAAAAUAUAUCACAUUCGUUACCUUAUACAAUUUGUUACUUUAAUAAUACAUUUGUAUACUAUUGUUGUAUUCAUUUACAGAUAUAUAAUAUUAUGUAUUUAAAAAACAUUGUAUAUUAUGAAUGGUCUAUAAUUUUAUUUUUUUUAGCAUAAUAUUUUCUGAUUAUUAGAUUAUACAUUUUUAAAACUAAUGCCGCAUUGCUUAUGUUUAAAAAAUAUAAUUUAGUAUUGCAUUUUAAUAUUGAUGUAUAUUGAUUAUGUAUUAAUUGUAUAUAAAAAUAUACUCCAAUAUUAUAAAUGCAUUUUUUUUAACGAAUAUAUUAUGAAAAUUUUACUUCCCCUUAAUUUUUUAAAUAAAACUCAUAUUGUUUAUUGUAACAUCAUUUUAAUUAGCUAAUAUUUUGGUAAUUAGUUCAUUUCCCAUCAUAUACAUGUAUUUAUUUUUAUUAUGAUUAAUGAUUAUAAACUGUUUUAAUUGUUUGUAAAUUUAAAUGACAUUAACUACUUAUACUAAUAUUAUUUUCAAUAUUGUAUAACUCCCUAAUUGACAUCAAUAGUUUGAUUAAAUGAUUUUUGUAAUCUUUAAUAAUUUGAUGUAAUUGAUUAAAAACUUAAGUUUUAUAAGUAAAAACAUUGAAUAUGAUAUAUGUUGUAGAAUGUAGAUAAAUGUUGAUAAAUUAAUUGUAUUAAUAUAAUAUUUCCAGUUAUUUGUUGAUGGUAAA